AUGGUGAGCAUGGUGAACAUCUCAGCGCCUCUCUAUCACCUCUCCCAGCUGCCCAACAUCAGCACCUUGUGCCCCAACCUGAGCUCCGUCGGUGAUGGGAACACGACUCCUAUGGCGAAGAGCACUUGCGAGCAGCCCACCGACGCCGAGAAAGACUCGACCCCCGUCAUCAUCGCCAUCAUCACCGCGCUUUACUCCAUCGUGUGUGUGGUGGGGCUGGUGGGGAACGUGCUCGUCAUGUAUGUGAUCAUCAGAUACACCAAAAUGAAGACUGCGACAAACAUCUACAUCUUUAACCUGGCCCUGGCAGAUGCCUUGGCUACCAGUACCCUCCCCUUCCAAAGUGUGAACUAUCUCAUGGGCACCUGGCCUUUUGGGAACCUCUUGUGCAAGAUUGUCAUGUCGAUUGACUAUUACAACAUGUUUACAAGCAUCUUCACGUUGACCACUAUGAGUGUAGAUCGCUACAUUGCCGUGUGCCACCCCGUGAAAGCUUUGGACUUCAGGACUCCCCGCAAUGCCAAGAUUGUCAACGUCUGCAACUGGAUCCUGUCGUCUGCUAUUGGUCUGCCAGUUAUGAUCAUGGCUUCGAUUACUACAAACGACUACCAUGCCAAUGGCAUUAUUGACUGCACUCUUGUGUUCCCUCACCCAUCCUGGUACUGGAAGAACCUGCUAAAGAUCUGUGUUUUUAUCUUUGCCUUCAUAAUGCCUGUGUUGAUUAUUACGGUGUGUUAUGGCCUGAUGAUCCUGCGCCUGAAGAGUGUCCGCAUGCUGUCUGGUUCCAAGGAAAAGGACCGCAACCUGCGACGCAUCACACGCAUGGUGCUGGUAGUGGUGGCCGUCUUCAUCGUGUGCUGGACCCCCAUCCACAUCUUUGUGAUCAUCAAGGCCCUUGUGACCAUCCCCGACUCUCAAUUGCAGACCAUCACUUGGCACUUCUGCAUCGCCUUGGGUUACACCAACAGCUGUCUCAAUCCAGUGCUCUAUGCCUUCCUGGAUGAGAACUUCAAGCGCUGCUUCCGCGAGUUCUGCAUACCCAGUCCGUCAGUGCUGGACCUGCAGAACUCAAUGCGUUCAACACGCAUCCGCAACCCACAGCGCGAGGCUCAGUCCAGUCCCACAGUAGACCGACCCAACAGGCAGGUAUGA